AUGGAUAGCAUGAGUGAGGCAUUUGAUCAAAUGCAAAUGGUCAAGGAUGUUCUAGCCAACAGUGAUAAAGUUUCAGAGGUCCUACAAGAGUCUACUCAUCAGUUCAACCUGCUUACUUCACCCACCUUCCUACCAAAGGUCAAGGAUCAAGGGAAAUUCACUCUCCCUUGCACACUUGGGCAUCUUGAGAUUGACAAUGCCUUAGUGGAUUCUGGAGCAAGCAUCAAUCUGAUCUCUCUCUCCAUGGCAGAGAAGCUAGGCAUUGCUGGAGCCUUGCAGCGCCCUACUACUUCAAUCAUGUUUGGAGAUGCAACUUCUAAGUCUCCUCUUGGAGUGUUCAAGAACUAUCACUUGAAAAUUGGAGAAUGCAUCAUCCAAACUGAUCUCACUGUGAUGGAAAUGGAAGAAGAGAAGGAUUUGCCUUUGUUAUUGGGAACCCCUUUCCUUAGUACAGUUGGCGCUUCAAUAGACUUUCACAAGCAAGAAGUGAUCCUUCACAAGGUUGUGAAGGAAAGGGUUGACAAGGAACCAAGAGUUGGGAAGGAUAAGGAUGAGAGAGGACCAAGGAUUGAGAAGCCACGUCUUGAGAGGGCUAGAGUUGAGAAACCACGAUCUGAUAGGCCAAGAGCUGAGAGACUUGUUCAAGCCCCUUGUGUGCUUGAUGAAGAGAGCCUUCAAGCUUUGUUUGAUGAGCCACUAGGAAGGGCUCUAAAGAAGGGGAGGAUGCAGCCUCUAAGGCAAGACCAGGGAUAA